AAGAGAUUACGACCUUCGUUGUGCUUUAACUGCUCAGUUUCGAGCCAUAUAAUGUUACAGAGAUUGCUUAAUUUUGUUGUUUUAAGCACCUACGAGAGUGCAUUUUAAAUGAAUCGGCUGUUCAUUUCGAGAAAUCCCUUAAAGAUGAAUACAAUUAUCCCUCUUCCCAUCAUUGUACACGGACAAAUAGUCAGGUCAUUUUGUAAGUGGAUCCUUUUACGUCACGUGACAGUGGGAGAGCUGCUGGUUCAUGUAUCAGGGCCGUUAUUAAAGAACUGUAUUUUCCGAAUGAAGAUUUGGGGAAUCAAUUUCCUGUAAUGAAGUAAAAAAAAAGUAUUUUAAAAAUUUUGCACUUUGGGGAGUUUGUAAAUCCUUAUUAUGUACGACAUUUCUGGAAGCCAUGCAGUGAGCGAGACUGUAAAAAGUAUUGCAGCAUCCUUGAACCCACGCCGAGCGUCAGACCUGGCGCCUGUCACCCCAUUCUUUAAAAAAAAAAAGACAAAAAGCUGGCACCUACGGCCUGAGCCACCGCGAGGCCAGGACAGCACGCAUGACCUCUCUCUAACACUUGCGCGAGACAAAUAGCUGGACAUCCUAAGUUUUCUUGUCGGCACGGUGUUGUAUGUAGCUAGCCACCCUCUGUAUCAAUCUCCGUGACAUCUCCGCCAGCUGUCUGCCGUCAGCCAGUGCUGCCCUCUGGGAUGACGAAGGGGAGAAAAACUUCUGUGUUGAGGCUAAAAGGGUCUGGGACCGAGACAAAGGCAAAGUUUCUGUGACUGUGUGGCUUUGGGAUGAGCUUUGAGCCGGAGCAGCAGCUUCUCACAUUCAUAGUGUGCUUGAAUAUAGAGUUAUGUUAACUCGUGCAGCGACAUAGAGUGGUUGUUUACCUCUGAGAUCAGAAGACAGGCAGGGGGUCGCGAAGUGCCCUGGGAAGCGCCAUGCUGAGUGACACAGUGGUGGUGGAGUGAGCUGGGGACUAGACCCUCCCCCCGGGACAGCGCCCUCCAGUCUGUCAGUGCGGUCACAGCCUUUAUCAGGGCAAGUCUCCAGACUGACCAGCCACAGCUCGUGGACGAGGGCAUCAGUCGAGUUCCGGUCAUCAUGCGGCGACUGACAGAACUUACGAGACGUGUCUUCGCUGCUGUGACCCUCGGUGCCCUUCUGUUGAGUCUGUGUCAGAGGGCAAGGGUGGAAGGUCACGGGAGACUGAUAGACCCGCCAUCUCGGGCGUCCAUGUGGAGGUUUGGUUUCAACACCAACGCUAACUACGACGACAACCAGGGCUACUGUGGAGGGAGAGAGCAACUUUGGAGCCGGUUCGGUGGACGGUGUGAUGUGUGUGGCGACCCCUGGGAGCCGAGACCACGUGCUCACGAGAGAGGCGGACGUUACUUCGACGGUACCCCCACGCGACAUUACGUGGAGGGUGACGUCAUCACCGUUGUCAUGGGGAUCACGGCAAACCAUCGCGGCUGGGUGGAGUUUCGUAUGUGUCCAUACGACUGGCCUUCGCUAGAGGAUGUUGAGUACGACGAGGAGGGCGAGUUCGUGGAGGUCAGUCACGCGUGUCUGGACAAGCACGUGCUGCAGUUGGCGGACGGCUCGGGUGAACGCUUUACCUGCCCGAGCCCUACAGCGUGCGAGUACUCCGUGCAGGUGCAGCUGCCGCGCGGCAUCAGCUGCCAGAAAUGUCUCUUUCAGUGGAAGUGGAAUGUCGCCAACAGCUGGGGGACCAACCCUGAUGGUGAGUCCUGCGUAGGCUGCGGACCGCAGGAACAGUUCUACGCAUGCGCAGACAUCGUCAUCGAGCCCUUGGAAGGAGAUGUUGCACCUGACUACCCCGAUGACUACCCAGAAUUCGUGCCAACACCCGCAGCCCCACCAACUUAUCUUCCACCCGCUCGUCCUCAACCGAGGUACCCUCCUCAGAAACCGAAAUCGCCAAUAUUCCCUCACGAAAAGCCGCGGGUUGUGCCUCCUUGGGAUAUUCCCGAUAAGGACGACAAGGACUAUCCUAGCAGAGGUGGAAACAGAGAUGAAAACGGAAGCAACAUUCCAUCAGGGAGAAAUCCUGCUACACAUCGACCUCCUACAACAACAACCACAUCUCGAAGGACAACGACAUCUAUCCCAACCCCACCCACUACAACCACAGCUCCACCUACUACAUCUACAACUCCACCUACUACAUCUACAACUCCACUCACAACAACCACAGCGCCACCCACUACAAACACAAUCAAAACAACUCCGAAAGAAAAAGUAAAGAAACCAAAACCCAGUUGGAACAAAAGUAUCCCUAGUUUCUGGAAGUGGUUACUGUAUAAUCACCCAGUGAAACAGAUGCCCCAGACUCCAGUCGUUGUUACCAAGCCGACAGAAGUUUCGAGGAAGCCGACAAAGUCUUGGUGGGAGAAGCUGAUGGCAUUGGCGGACCAGACCCACGUGUGGGGACAGUUCACUGGAGCUGAACUCGGCCGCAUGGAACUGCCAAGCACAGCAGCGGGGAGACCGACAACCACUCUUUCCCCGGCUGCGGCUGGCACAGUCAGGUUGACGGCCAACAUGUCAGAGACGACUUCAACUAAACACGUGACACCAACUAAACACGUGACGCCAACUAAACACGUGACCUCAACUAAACACGUGACCCCAACUAAACACGUGACAUCAGCAAGACUCACCCACACGUCCUCCCAGACCCAUCCCCCGUCCAACAGUAAGCUAGUCUGGUGGUUCACGACCUGCCCUGGUGGGUGCAGACAGUCAAGCACAGUGGCUCUGCCUUUCUCUUCCAUAACUGGCGCCAACAGGAGCCAGGUGGGAAUCGGGAGGAACUUCCGGAAACUGAGGCACUAGCGAAGGAGGAGUCGAAGGUGGUUGCCUACUCGGGGUUACUCGGCCCCAGCAACAAGCAGGCCGCCCCGAUGGACGCUCGCGCAGACGACAACGUUGUGGCCAGCGUUCCUUUGGAAUCGUUUCGCAUCGAAGAACAUAAAAGUCACAUUGUACCGAAGGUUCAGCCAUACCGCUCGUCGCAAAUGCUACUUGAUCAGUCAUCGGAAACUUUGCCACCAGCAGCGGUGCCGGAAACAUCUGGUGAAAAGUCACGUGAUAUUUUCUCCACCAGCGACCAAGGAUUCCGCGCCGCGACUCCAGGCAACGACUUUCAGGCGCAAGUCCAGAACGACUUCGUUUCUCCCAAACAGAUCAAAGAUGCUCCUCCUGUGAAAGGUCACGUGCAGUCCUCCCUGAUGCCGGUGUCCAGCAGCCUCCAGACACCCACUCCAACCGUUUUCCUUCAGAUUUCGAUUUUCUACAAUUUGAAGAAAACGUUCCAUUUGAGUCCAAAGAUUUAAUCUGUUCUCCUAUCGGAGACUGGAUUCAGUAUCCGCAGAUGUGGCGCUGGUGUCAGGUUCAUUGUGGGGGAGGCUACUGUCCCACUACACACUGUAUAUGUGCUUAGUUGCCUUCCUUGGACGAGGAAGAAGGGGGAAAUGCAAUUAUAAACACACAGAAUCAAUCCAACAUCUCUCCACAGAACACAUCUCUUUGAACUAAAGAUAUAUAAUUACCGAACCAUAAAAUGUACAUUUUUUUUUUACAAAUUAGUGUAUAAGGCAGCUUUUCCCGCUAGACGCUGAAAUAUGCAGAAGAAGAUAACAAAGUACUAAACUUACACAGAGGUCAAUAUUUAUCCCAACGUUUAUGUGAACAGAUGCUUACUGGAUUUGCACGUUUGUGUGUGUGCGUGUGUGUGUGUGUGCGAGUGAGAGAGAGAGAGAGAAAGAAAGAGAGUGAGACACAUACCGAGAAAGGGUUGAGGGGAGGGGGAGACUGAGCUGAGAGUUAUCUAAGCUGAGAAGCUGGCAACUGCUGAUGACGGAUGGUUUAUUAAGGGAGACAACGGCUGUAGAGACUGAUGUCGAGAGUCAUGCAGAGUUGUCUUCUGUAACUUGGUCUGAAUGAGUUUCUACAGUUCGAGUAGAUUACUUUAGCUGUACAUAGUCUUUUUCUUUAAUGCGAUGUGUAUUAAACAUAGUUUGCAUGUUGUAUAUCUGAUGUAUGUAUAACAUCUUCCAUAAUAUAUAUUGCAGUUUGUGAUCUCCCAAGUUUUUAACUAAGAACUGUUUUUCAAGUGUGCUCGUACAAUGUCUGAAUAGAAUUUCAUAUCAUCAAGACGCCAAUAUGGUAAUUGUCAAUGGUUAUUGAUAACCUUGAAAAAGAACGCUAGUCUACGAUAAUGUACUAGCAUACUGUUUGUAUGGUCUACUUAUGUACUAGCUUACUGUGUGUACUAGUCUAUUACAUGUACUUGUUUACUGUUUGUACUGGUCUACUUAUGUGCUAGCUUACUGUGUGUACUAGCUUACUGUGUGUACUAGUCUAUUACACGUACUUGUUUACUGUAUGUACUGGUCUAUUUAUGUACUAGCUUAAUGUGUGUACUAGUCUAUUACAUGUACUUGUUUACUGUAUGUACUGGUCUAUUUAUGUACUACUUAACUGUGUGUACUAGUCUAUUACAUGUACUUGUUUACUGUAUGUACUGGUCGAUUUAUAUAUGUA